AGUAAGGAAAGAGAUGUAUUCUUGGUAAAGGAACAUCCCGAUCCAGGAAGCAAAGACCCAGAAGAAGAUUACCCCAAGUUUGGACUUUUGGAUCAGGAUCUCAGUAAUAUCGGCCCUGCUUAUGACAACCAGAAGCAAAGCAGCACUGUGUCUGCCAGUGGGAAUCUGAAUGGUGGAGCCACUUUGGGAGGGGGAAUCGCAGCAGGAAGCAGUGGAAAAGGAAGAGGCGCUAAGCGUAAACAGCAGGAUGGAGGAACAACAGGGACCACCAAGAAGGCCCGGAGUGACCCUUUGUUUUCUGCUCAGCGUCUUCCCCCUCAUGGCUACCCUUUGGAACACCCGUUCAACAAAGAUGGCUAUCGGUAUAUUCUAGCGGAGCCUGAUCCCCAUGCCCCUGACCCAGAGAAGCUUGAACUUGACUGCUGGGCAGGAAAACCUAUUCCUGGAGACCUCUACAGAGCCUGCUUGUAUGAACGAGUUUUGUUAGCCCUACAUGAUCGAGGUAUGUAAGUGAUCCCAUGCACCCAGGAUUACUCUGAACUGCUGUCAUCAGCUUUAUCCAGUCCAGGAUCACAUCUUAGUGUGUUACCACCUACCCUAUCCCUCAUCUCUAACUAAAUAGAUCCAAAAUGUGCAGGAAAUAAUUUCUAUCUCUGCCAUUUCUUGAAAAUUUUAGCCAUCUUCUAUAGAGUUUUGAACUUUGUAAUAUUUGACUUACAAAGUAGACUUGCCAUUCAGAGAAUAUCUCUCAUUAAUUUUCUGGUGAAAAUAUCUAAUCAAUGUAUACUUAAUCAAAAGUAGGAAUUUAAAUUGGUAAAUACUAUAGGCUGACACUCUCUGAUCUGAAAAUUCAAAAUACUCUAAAAUCAUUUGAGUGCUAAAUGAUGUCAGAAGUUUUGAAUUUCAGGUUUAAGACGUUUGGGCUAAGGAUGGGUAGCCAGAUAGUCUAUGCAAAUAUUCAAAACCCUGAAAGCUGUGAAAUCACAAACACUUCUGUCCCUGCACAUUUUAGUUAAGCGAUUCUAAACCUUAAUUUUAAUAAAAAUUAAAAGACAUUGUUUUAA